AUGGCUGGGAGGUGUGGGGAGAAGGAGCUAAGAACUGUAAAGAUCUGGGACCUGGCUAGUGGCAAAUUAAAGCUGUCAUUGACUGGACAUAUCAGUACUGUGGGAGGAGUGGCAGUAAGUGCAAGGAGUCCCUACCUCUUCUCCUGUGGAGAAGAUAAACAGGUGAAGUGCUGGGAUCUUGAAUACAAUAAGGUGGUCAGGCAUUAUCACGGACAUCUAAGUGCAGUGUAUGGUUUAGAUUUGCACCCAACCAUCAAUGUACUUGUGACUUGUAGUACAGAUUCAACUGCAAGGGUAUGGGAUGUGAGGACAAAAGCCAGUGUACACACAUUGGCAGGGCAUACAAAUGCAGUGGCUACAGUCAAGUGUCAAGCUGCAGAACCACAGAUCAUUACAGGAAGCCAUGAUUCAACCAUACGAUUAUGGGACUUAGUGGCAGGAAAAACACGUGUCACACUAACGAAUCACAAAAAAUCAGUUAGGGCACUGGUUUUGCAUCCAAGACUGUACACAUUUGCAUCUGGUUCUCCAGAUAAUAUCAAACAGUGGAAAUUCCCUGAUGGAAACUUCAUCCAAAACCUUUCUGGUCAUAAUGCUAUAAUUAAUGCACUGGCUGUGAAUUCAGAUGGAGUGCUGGUAUCUGGAGAGGAUAAUGGCACUAUGCAUCUCUGGGACUGGAGAACUGGCUAUAAUUUCCAAAGAGUACACGCAGCUGUGCAGCCUGGAUCUUUGGACAGUGAAUCGGGAAUAUUUGCAUGUGCAUUUGACCAGUCUCAAAGUCGAUUACUGACUGAAGAAGCUGAUAAAAUCAUUAAAGUCUACAGAGAAGAUGAUUCAGCCAUGGAGGAAACUCAUCCUGUCAGCUGGGAACCAGGAAUUAUCAAGAGAAAA